AUGGGCAGUCUUGGGGAGGAAGAGCUAAUACAAAUGGUGAGAGACUUCAUUGAAUCAUCAGAAUCAACUUCAAGCUCCUCACCGUCAGAUUCAGAAUCACCUCUCUCUCACUCUCAUCAAUCUCCAUAUCUCACUCUCCAGGAUAUUCUUUUGAAAUCAACAAAGAGUGAAGCUGAAGUUGGAGAGAAAAUAUUUAUUUGUGUGCAAACAAUGGGAGCUUCAAUGGAACAAAAUGUGAUGAAAAAGUUGAUUGUGGUUAGCUUGAGAAUGGCUGGUUAUGAUGCUUCUCUCUGUCAAACUCUCUGUAGAACUUCCUGGGUUUCCAAUUUUGGGAGUCCUAAAGUUUUUCAGAUUAAAGAUGAUUAUGAGUACAUUGAUGUUGUGAUGGAGGAAAAGAAUGGUGAGAAAGCAACAAGGGUAAUACUGGAUAUGGAUUUCAAGUCUCACUUUAUGUUGGCAAGGCCUACAGCAACAUACAAACGACUCACAGCGAUUCUGCCUUCGGUCUUUGUUGGCAGUGAAGAAAAACUGAACAAAGUAAUCUCUUUGUUAUGCAGAGCUGCAAAAGAAUCAUUGAAAGAGAAGGGUCUUCACAUUCCUCCAUGGAGAAAGACUGGAUACUUGCAGUCAAAAUGGCUCUCUAAGAACUGUAAAAAAGUGUCUGUGGAAUUGGGUGUGGAAGAAAAUGAAGGGAAGAGUAUUUCUACUAAUUGCUGUCCCUCUGUUUUUACUAGAGUUGCAGCACCUCCAUUUGUGAAGUGAAGCAAAUGAGAGGAACAAAAUGGUGGCUCUGGCUUUACAAAGCCAAUUUUUUGAACUUCUUUAUGAGCUGCUUCUGUAAUUUUUGUUCAAAUUUUGUUCUUCU